AUGUCACUGCAGCAUUGCACCGCGGCAUCGCACGCGGCGCCAGCCAACGCCAGCGAAGCCGACACCCGUUGUCGUUGUCGUUGCAUCGCAGCAAGCAUGGCCUUCGUGUCGCCUUCUAGUGCUGAGGCUGGACUUUCUUCGUGCUCCCUUCCAGUAUCCAAGGGCAGACGAGGCGACACCUAUCAAAAUACUCAAGAGCAGCACGGCGACUUCCAAUGGCAAAGGCAUUGGCACAGGGCCAAGCCAAUGAUAAUAUUGCUCGAGGCCAGCCUCGAACAGGUCCACGACUGGCACAUCCCCUCCAUCCCCGGCCUCGCCUGCGCAUACCUUGCCGCAUAUUGCAUCCCAGACCUAUCUAGCCUGCCCAGCUCCUGCGGCCUGGUGACAAGACGCCGGCUCACUGGUCAGAUCCGUGCUGCCGUCCCCAUCGACUGA